GCUGCGACCAGAAACAUCUCAAAGGCCCAAACUCAGAGCUCACGAGAACACACCUUCUCACAGGUGCAUACCAGGAAAUAAUCAUCUCCCUUCUUUGGCAAAAGUCAGUUAGUUCCCAGUGUACUAGAAUGGAAUGGAACAAUGAGACCCACCUCAACAACAGUGUAGGCUUCUGUCCAGAACCUUCCAUUCUGUCUGGGAAGAGUGGGCAGAGGGAGGUAAUAAAAGUAGGUAGAAGUUAGCUCUUUAUAGACAGCCCAACACUUGAAGGGGUCUUCAAAAGAGAGGAGGGCAGCGAGGUUCUGAGUUCUGCUCUUCACGCCUGAAUCAGAAAGAGCUGUAAUCUCAUGGGAAAGUUCAAUGGUCAUGUGUACCCAGGGCUGUAUCUGUUCUCAUAUGGGCUGUAUCAGGCAGCAGUGGUCUUUAAGACCUCCAUAGCCAAUGACUCUCUUCUGUAUCCUUCACGCCCUCCAAGAAAUAAGAGAAUAUGGGCCAGGCUAUGGGAAAUAUCCUACCAAGGUUUGUUGAAAAUAGUGACUGGCUCUAUCUUUAUAAUUUACGUCAUCUUCUGUCUUGAAGAUGGGCUGGUGCUGAUGAGCAGGGAAGUGCCACCGAGAUUUUUGUUCCCCAAAGAGUGGCAGCACCUCACCAUGUUCAUCCUCCUCACCCUCAAUGGCUGUGUAGAUGUCACGAGCAAGAACCUGCUGCCUCAGAGGUGUGUGCUCCUGGAAAAAGGUGCCCUGGUCCUGGUCUUCUGCGUGCUCCUGAUACUGCUGGUGUCGCACGUUCAGGAUUCCACAGGGGUGGAACUGCAGGUUCAUUCCCUGCUCAUCUUGGUGGUGUUCCUGCUGAUGCUGGUGUUGAUUGCUGAGCUGUGGGCUCCCAACGCGCUUUACCUCUCCAUGACUGAGACCUUCCUGUUUCUGAUGAUGGGCUCCUGGCUGAUGCAGGCUGGUUUUAUUCUGUACAGACCCAUCAGCGGCUAUCCGUGGCAGGAUGAUGACAUCAGUGACAUCAUGUUUGUCACCACCUUCUUCUGCUGGCAUGUGAUGGUCAAUGCUCUGUGCCUGCUGGGAAUCUACGGCAUCUCUUCCUUUUGGCAUCAUUGUUACAGACCCAGGUCGAAGCUGAUGGGAUCUCAAGAAGCUCCAUAUGAUACACACACUGAAGGACCCAUCUACCAGUUGCUGCCAGAAGUGGAGCUGUCAGAGAAAGAUGACCAGGCUCUUCUCCUCCCAGAGAGCUCACCCUGAGA